CGGCCUUGGAAUCUCCUCCCUUGAGGUCAAAAGCAGAGGCAUCGACGGGAGUGUGAUUGCAGUCAGGAGUAAAAGGCGGGUGUGCAGACCUGAGUUUUCACCAUCUGCCUUGCGAGUUGUGGAUCUUUUAGCAGAGCCGAAAGCCCCAGCAAGGCCAUCAGGGACAGCAAGAGGAUGGGCACUUUUAUGAAAGACUCCAGCUGGAUCAGAAGGAUCCCUGACGAGGAUGAAGCCGUUGACCGAGAUCCAAACUUUGGCAAAACGGUUUUAAGCCGCGUCAAGUCCGGGGAUGGUCUUUCGGGGUGUGAGCCUGCCACAACAACAAGCCCCAAAGUAAUAACCUCGCCAACCUCUGUGCAGGCUCUCGCUAAGAGAUUCGGUGGGAGUCAGGAGCAGCUGACUAAAAGCAGCACCCUCCCCUCCAGCAGGUCUACAUCCUACACAAAAAGUACAUCGACAUUGCCGAGAGACACUCCCAAGACGUCACCCAGCAGUACAUCGACAUUGCCAAGAGACACUUCGAAGACGACUACCACCUCCAAGACUACUGUUACACAAGAACCCAAGACAAGCACAACAACCACUACUGUCACCAAGGAUGGCAAGACCACCGAGACCACCAUCACCACCACCCAGAGUGUUAGCAGGUCUCCUGUUGUUAAAUCGCCCACCAAACCUGGGAGCUUCACUGACCGGGUCUUCUCUGAUGUGAGGAGCUCCAACGCAGGGUCACCAUACUCAUCCUACUCACCUACCAAAACAAUCACAGCGACAGAGCCAGCUUAUACCACCAAUAAAGACACCGAGGAUCAACUUUAUGACACACUCAUCCCCAAGUCUAUCAAAGAUGAUUACCCAACCAGCAAAACAAAGGUUUCCAAGACUGAGACUGUGACAGUGAAAACCAGCCCUAAUGGGGGUGAUUUCAAAACUACAACCACUACAAGGACCUCCUCCACGGCUGAGGAUGAUCUGUAUGACACCCUGCUGCCUAAAGCCAUGAAGUCCGAUCUCCCUUCUCCUGUCAGCCCCACAAGCACAAGCACCAUCACAAAGAAGGAGUUCACCACAGAGGUUGACAGCAGCAAAGGGGGAGAGAGCCCAACUGUGACAUCUCCUACCUCCCCUCGCACCAUCACCAGCUACAGCUCUUACAGCAGCAGCGAUGACACUCCCUCCACCACCCGCACCACCUCUUACACCAUCAGCUCCAAGCCCAGCUAUGAGUACACCAGUGUCACCAGCCCCACUGUCUACACCUCAACAUCAUACAAGAACAGCAGCAGGGCAGAUGACCUGACUGAUCCCCGCUAUUCAAAAUCCUCCAUCAAGACUGUGUACUCAACUCCUGAGAGGCCAGUGCUUGAGAAAGACAUGUGCACCCACUGCCGUAAGCCCUUCAACGCUGAGGCCAAGAUGGUCCUGGAGGACAUGAACAUCAACUGCCAUGCCUCCUGCUUUAAGUGUGAGGUGUGUAAGAGCACUCUGGGUCAUCUGAAAGCUGGGGACAGCUUGUGGAUCUACAGACGCACGGUGCACUGCGAUAACUGCUUUGAUAAAACCAGAGAAAAAUGGCGACGCUGAGUAUCCACCUCCCAAACCUUCAGUGAUGAUAGAGUACAUCUGAUUGAAGAGAAAAAAGGUUUAUGUUUAUCAAUAUGCUUAGGGUGAAAUGGGUCCUCCUGUGCAUAUGUUGCAUGUACUGAUAAAUAUCUACAUCGUCAUGGUUGGAUGUUUUGACUAAAUGCAUUUUCAUUUAUGUGUUGAUUUUACUUUGCAGUGGCUGGCACACACUGCUGCAGCCAGGUGUAACUGUUUCAGUGACGUUAUAGCAAUCAUGCAUUUGUAUUAUUCUUUUUUUUUUUUUUUUUUUUUUUUUUUGGACUUAAUGAUAGCACAUGGUCUGAAAUCUGUACCCUUUAUGGGAGCCUCAUGUGUAACAUACUAUUAGAUACUGCAAGAAUUUGGGCCGGGGGCUUGUUGUGUGUGCAAUAAGGGGAGUUUGUUUGUCUUUCUCUAUUAAAUGGCUUGAAAAAUGAAC